UGGUUUUAUAGGCGGGGCUGACCCUCAAAUGGCUACUAGCAGCAGCACUGGCAGUGGUGGGAUUCCUCGCCUUCUCUAUGACUCGGUACACGAGCCUCUCCUCCUCCCAGACCCUUCAACUCAAUAUGGGUCACCAAUAGGAGGAACUGGGUCUGGCGGCUCUUCUGCGAGCGAGGCCAGAAAAAGGAAUUUCACUGCUGCCUUGAACCCGAGCAGAGACAGCGAGAGUGAAUUGGAUACUCAGGAGAGAGAGCAGAGCCCUAUGUUGGAAAGGAGGUAUCUUGAUGUCCCGCAGAGGUUCAAGGGGAGAGGGCAGCUCGGUGAUCCAGCAGUCGAUGAGAGCGGUACUAUGAUUAACGUUAGAUCCAUUGAAAACCGCUCCAGUGAAGUUCCAGGUUUUCAUGAAUUCGUUCCAUACCUGAGGGACUCCAAUCGAACGAAAUACGAAGAAGCUGCCCUAUUUGCAAAAGAAGGUGAAGAUAACAAUAAAUUUGCGUCUCACCCAAACGGGAAAUAUUCGAAAGUUGCCUAUCACUUGGUUCAUCAUCCAGUGGUGUACAUGAUCGAUUUCAUAGCGUCUUGUUUGCUAUUGGGACUUGCCGUCAUAGAGCACCCAUCACUCAUUCCCUACCCAGCCAAUGAGGAGCACAAGAUCAUUGCAGUCCAUACAUGUCUAGAGUUGAUACUACUAUCAAUAAUUGGUUUCAAUAUUGUCCUGAGAGUCAUUUGGAUGAAGCCUCGAACUUUCCUGAGACAGAGAGCCGUUAUAGCUGCUAUCAUACUAAUUGUCAUGUAUAUAGAGGCAAUGGUUAUCCUCUUCCAGCAGUCAAAUCACUUCAGAAUCACUCGCUGUCUUAGGAUUGUCUUCUUUGUUGACAGUUACAUACUGGUGGGAGUGAGACGAGUAUUACGUCAGAUUAUUCAGUGUUUGAAACCUAUCCUAGAUGUCAUGAUAUUAUUGUUCUUUAUGAUGGCAAUAUUCGCUUUAAUGGGAUAUUAUUUAUUUGCCACUAUUGAUCCGACUUUUUUCGAUUCCUAUCUCAAAUCCUUUGUGAGUCUCUUCAUUACGCUCACUACCGCUAAUCAUCCUGAUGUUUUCAUGGAAGCUUACGUUCGUAACAAAUGGUCUCCAUUGUUCUUUGUUCUUUAUUUGUUUGUGACACUUUACUUCUUUUCUAAUGUGUUGUUGGCUGUUGUGUAUGCUCACUUUAAUGAUGAGGAGAAGAACAAGUUUAGAAAACUCUUCCUUCACAAAAGGGAAGCACUAAAGAUAGCAUUCUCUGUCUUGGCAGUUGAUGGAAAGCUUAACUAUCACGACUUUGUGUUCUUCAUGCUGGAAUACAAGCCUAGGAUACCGGAGUAUCAAGUGAUGUGUAUCUUCAAAGGGUUGAAGGAGAAGGAAGAGGUUGGUAGCAAUGAGGAUGGCGACUAUUUGUGUAUGAACGAGUUUCUUAAUCUUUAUGAGUUCCGCAGCUUAAAAUGGAAACAGGUUAGGAAUGACGGACGGAAUGUUGAAUGGUAUGAUGACUUCCCCCAAAAAAUCAAACCAUUUUUUGCAAAACUAAAUAAAGCUGUUCAUUUCAAAUACUUCAAUUCUGUCAUGGCUCUUAUUGUCCUUGCAAAUGCUCUCUAUCUUGUUUUAUUCACACUAGCAACUAGUUUCUAUUGUGGUACUGAUGGAGCCAAUAACCCUACUAUCAUAUCAUCACAUGUAAAUCAAGAUUUGAAGAAAUAUUGCAAAGAUGACAGAUUCACGGCCGGUCGUAAUGCUAUUUAUGGAUCAUUUGUAUUUGUCUUUAUAUAUGUGGCUGAAAUAUCAAUAAGAAUAUUAGCUGUUGGACCAUUGGAAUAUUUCAGAAAAUGGUGGAAUAGGUUUGAUUUUAUCAUAAUAUUGCUCAGCGUAAUAUUUCUAAUUAUUGAAGCUGAUGCCGGCCCCUCCCACAAAGCUCUCCGCUAUCUCAUAGUAUUUCGACCAAUCAAAUUUCUCCGGUUGCUACGGUUACGACGCCGUUACUAUGACAUCAUGAAUACAGUUUUUGUGCUUGGACACAGACUAUUGAGCGUUCUCCUCCUCAUUUUUGUUAUAUUUUAUUUUUAUGCUAUUAUUGGAAUGGAAGUAUUUGCUGGAAAGGUUUUUGUGGGUUGCUGUGACAAAGCAUUGUUUGGUGUUGGUGGUGAAUACCAAGGGAAUGGUAGUAUAACUAAACCUUCUCCUGAAGUCUAUUGGCUCAAUAAUUUUGACAACAUCUAUCAAAGCUAUAUUAUAUUGUAUGAAGAGAUGGUUGUUAAUAACUGGUUUGUGCAGAUGGAGGGGUUUGUCGCUGCUACUAAUAUCGCUGCCAGAGUCUAUUUCUUUUUAUUUUGGUGCACUACUACUGUGUGUCUCUCAGUCGUUAUUGCUUAUAUAGUGGAUGCUUUUGUUUUUCGUAUACAAGCCUCUGAAAUGAAGAAAAGAUGUGAGAAGCAUGCAGACCAGUUUGAAUGCACCUGUCAGCCAUCCCGUAAGAAGAAGGUUGAGAUCACACUCGCUGGUAGAGACAUAAAUCAAAUAAAGUACCAGACUACACUCAUGGAAGAGAACGAUAGAAGAAAAAGAGGGAAACGACUGGAUUUUAUUAAUCAUUCCAUCAGAAAAAUAAGAAGAAUUGAUUUUGAUCUCAUUCCUAGUGUAAGGCCUGAGCGUGAGGUGUACUUCACUGGUAAAAGAUUGCGCACUAAAGAAGAUCUUAAUUUAGAAAUGUACCGCUCUGAACUUCAGGAUUGGAUUGCAGGAAGGGAGUAUCAGUUACAGAACAUAACACCUGAGCAGAGAGAGAAAAAAUCAUUUAAAGUCACUCUCCGUUCCAAGGUCAAAGCUGUCGUGUUGUUCCUGCUGGAAUGAAUGAAAUUUUAAAACCCGUUUUAUGACUUUUUGAGUAAAUUUUUGUGCCAUUCAGUGUUGAGUGUUAUUUUUGAUUAUAUGAUUUUUAUACUCAAAGAAUUAUAUGAAGUAACUACUUUUACUGCA